AUGGUGGAAGCCGAGGAGAAACCUCUUAGCAGAGGCUCACACAAGGAAUCGCAGAUUAAUAACGUGGAGAACAACGACGAAGUUGGCAGCAACAAUGUCAUUCUUGACGACCGUGAUGCGGAGAAGAUACUUCCGUAUGAAGCAGACGAUUCCCCCUUCCCGGAGGUGCGAGCUGUUGUUCGGCCCGUAGACGAAGUCGAAUUGCCUCUAAAUACGGCUCGGAUGUGGGUUAUCGGCAUUCUGUUCACAAUUAUCGGAAGUGGAUUGAAUCAAUUCUUCAGCCUGCGGCAACCUAGUGUCAAAAUCAGCGCGCUGGUCGCUCAGCUGGUAGCAUAUCCCAUUGGUUGUGCAUGGGCGCGAUGGAUGCCAUUGGGCUGGCUUAACCCAGACCGCCGCUUCAAUAUCAAAGAGCAUGCUCUGAUCACGAUUAUGGCCAAUGUCUCGUUCGGCUCUGCCUCAGCGACUCAGGUCAUUGAGGUCAUGGUCAAAUUUUACCACAUGCCCUCGCAAGGUGGUUUUCAGGUGCUUUUAUGCAUCACGACUCAGCUAUUCGGGUUCGGUAUUGCGGGGAUGGUUUCGCGCUGGCUUGUGGAACCUGCCACAAUGAUCUGGCCACAGGUUCUCUCGAAUGCAGCCCUCCUCUCCACAUUGCACUCAAGAUCGAACAAGGUUGCCGAUGGCUGGGCCAUGACGCGGCUGAGUUUCUUCAUGGUUGUGUUUGUUUGUGGCGCCAUUUGGUAUUUUUUUCCAGGGUACAUCUUCACUGCCCUCAGCACGUUCAGUUUCGUCUGCUGGUUGGCGCCAUCAAACGUCGUGGUCAAUCAGCUCUUCGGGCAGAAAACUGGACUUGGGAUGUCGCUCCUCACGUUUGAUUGGUCUCAAGUCGUCUUUGCCAAUGAUAGCCCUCUCUUGGUUCCCUUUUGGGCAGGAUUGAACGUGAUGGGGUCAUUCGUACUUUUCUUCUGGAUUCUUGUCCCUAUCAUAUAUUACACGAAUACGUGGUAUUCUGCUUACUUGCCACUCCUGGACUCGAAUACUUUUGACAACACUGGCCGCAUGUAUGACACUCGACGUGUCAUGAACAUCAACAACGGCACCGUCAAUGUGGAGGCUUAUCGAAAAUACUCCCCAAUGUUUAUACCUGCUGGGUUUGCCGUCACGUACGGCGUGGCAUUUGCGAAUCUUACUGGGAUCUUCUUUCACAUAGCACUAUACCAUGGAAAGGACCUGAUUCAGCAGUGGAGUGGUCGACACAAGAAAGACAUCCACUCACGGCUCAUGCAGUCCUACGCCCCCGUUCCUUGGUGGUGGUUUGGUGCAGUGACGGUUCUGAUGUUUGUACUCAGCAUCGUCAACAACGAAGUGUGGGAAACUGGCCUGCCGGCGUGGGGCGUACUUCUAGCAUUCGUCUUGCCGAUAAUCUACUUCAUUCCCGUGGGAAUCAUCAAAGCUCUAACGAACAUUACGAGCAAUCAAUUGAACCUCAUCACCGAGUUUAUCGGGGGCUAUGCCUUCCUCGGAAAGCCCAUCGCCAACAUGGCCUUCAAGUUUUACGGAUAUGUGACCGUUUCACAGGGACUAGAAUUCGUGGCGGACAUGAAACUGGCGCACUACCUCCACAUCGCCCCUCGCACCCUUUUCUUUGCGCAAGGCCUCGCUACACUAAUCGGCGCGAUCGUGCAAUGCGGCGUGACAGUAUUCAUGCUCACACGUUUUGAGGGCAUCUGCACUCCUCAUGCUGAAGGCGGCUUCACCUGUCCCCAUGGCUUAGUUACAUUCUCUUCGUCCCUGAUCUGGGGCGCCCUUGGCCCCGCCCGCAACUUCGCGCCAGGCCAAAUCUACGGAAACCUCGUCUGGUUCUUUCUCGCGGGCCCAGUGAUAGUCGUAAUUACCUACCUCCUCGGGCGGCGCUGGAAAGUAGUAAAUUACAUAUCCUGGCCCGUCGCCUUCGGCGCAAUGAGCAUGGUGCCACCCGCAACAGGGAUUAACUUCUCAUCGUGGUGGGUUGUUAAUGUCAUCUUCAAUGGCCUUAUCAAACGGAAGCGUCCAGCUUGGUGGUCAAAGUAUAACUUUGUCCUCAGCGCAGCCCUCGACUCGGGUGUUGCCGUCUCGACCGUGGUCAUUUUCUUUUGUAUCAUGCUACCCGCUGGGCCGCUCAGAUGGUGGGGAAAUGAAAUCUUCAUGAGGACGGCCGACGGUCGAGGCACGCCAUGGAAGACUGUUUCCCCCGGUGAGCGGUUUGGACCUACCAGUUGGGAGUAA